CCCUGACUUCUCCCCACUUUUACAUUUUCGCCCAAUAAUUCCUCGGAAAUUUCGCAGAUGACACUGCCUUUCGCUCUACAAUUCUUCGUCUCCAUGUGAUUCUUCGCUUUAAUUUGCAGUUUGUGUUUCGUUCUUCGGUUCGGUUAGUGGGUUCUUCUUUGGAUGAUUUAGUAAUCUGAAAAGUUUCAAGAUUUUGCGAUGAAAUCGUCGACCAGGCUUGAUUCAGUUGUGUUUCAGCUCACUCCCACUCGAACCCGGUGUGAUCUGUUGAUAAUAGAUAAUGGAAAGGCUGAGAAGAUAGCUACAGGGUUGCUUGAUCCUUUUCUUGCUCACUUGAAGACAGCACAAGAUCAAGUUUCUAAAGGUGGCUACUCCAUUGUUCUCAAGCCUAAGGAUGGUGACAAUGCAGCUUGGUUCACUAAAGCAACAAUUCAGAGGUUUGUUCGAUUUGUGAGCAAUCCGGAUGUCCUAGAACGUGUCUACACUUUAGAAACUGAGAUCAUGCAGAUCAGGGAAGCAAUUGGUAUCCAGUACAACUCUGAAGUAGCAUUACCUGUUGUGGAAGACAAUCUACGAGCAAAAAGAGCGGAGAGUACACAAGGUAGUAGGCCAUUACUACAGCUCAACGAGGAGAAAGCCAUUGUCCUUUACGAGCCAGAUUCACAUCCAAAGCAAGCAAAUCUGUCUACCACAUCAGAUGAAAACUCUAAAGUUCAAGUUCUGAAAGUUCUGGAGACAAGGAAGAAAGUGUUGCAGAAAGAACAGGGAAUGGCAUUUGCACGUGCCGUGGCAGCCGGUUUCCAAGUUGAUGAUAUGCUUCCUCUUAUAUCUUUCGCCAAAUCCUUUGGAGCCUCACGAUUGAUGGAUGCCUGCUUAAAAUUCAUGGACUUGUGGAAGAAAAAGCAUGAAUCUGGUCAGUGGCUUGAAAUCGAAGCAACACAGCCAAACAUCUCUCCAACGAACGCCUCAGGGACUAUGUUGGCAAAUGCUGCUAAUAUGCGUAGGAACUCGUGGCCUGGGUCACCUGAAAAUAAUAAUGAUGUGAAGUCUCUUACAAAUGUAAAUAAAGAACAUGUGCAAGGGCAGCAUCAACACCCAAUGUAUGCACCAUGGCCAGUUCACUCUCCGCCCGGGACUUUUCCAGUGUUUCAAGGAUAUACAAUGCAGGGCAUGCCUUACUAUCCAUAUCCAUCACCCUAUCCCUCUACGGAUGAUUCUAGGCGUAGCUCUGGCCAAAGAAAGGCUAAGAAACAUCACUCAUCUUGUAGCGAGGACUCCUCCGGAUCAGAAGAUCAGGGCAGAGAGAAAGGAAAAUCAGGUAGGAGAAGGAGAUCAGGGAAGGUAGUGAUUCGGAAUAUAAACUACAUUAAUUCGAAGAAGCAAGAUCAUUCAGGAACAGAAUCUGAUGCUGAAGAAGGGGCAAUAGUAGUAGAAUGUUACAAUGUUGGUAAAGAGAGAGAAACAAAAGGGACAGAGGCUGACACUGGGGAUUGGCAAGCAUUUCAAACUUUAUUGUUGCAAGAUGCUGAUACAGAAGAACGUACAGGGAAAUAUGAUGAUCCUUUGGCUCAUGACAAACGUGAAGCAGAAAGAUAUCAAGAAAGGGAUACUCAAAAUGGAAUUGUGACUCGUAGAAUUAGGGGAUCUAGUGACUCUUUCAUGGUUCACCAGAGAGAAAAUGGUUUUGAGAAUCCUUCUGAUCCUCUCAACUUGAAAGGUUUUGAUAAUCCAAGGAAUGGUCUGGAUAAAAGAUCAUCAUCAGUUAACAUGGAUGAUGAUUCUUAUAUUGUUACUCGGGAAGCUGGAAGCAGUACUCGAAAUGCUAUAGACAUUGGAUCAGAGAUCUCUUCGUACCACCAGGCUGAUGGAAGUAAAAGAAACAAGAUCAGUUAUGAGCCUCAUGAUCUGAGUCUGAUGCCAGAGCGAGAAACAGAGAAGUUAUCAGCUGGUUAUGAUCCUGCACUAGAUUUUGGUUCCAAAGCUUUAAAGAAAAAGAAUAACAAGGAAGCUGGAGUUACAAAGAAGUCAUUGAGAGAUCCAACAACAAGACUGUCUAAUGAUGCUGCAGAUAAGAGGAAGGCUUCAGGGGUAAUACGGAAAGGAAGACCCACAAAGAUGAGUCCUUUAGAUGAAGCAAGAGCACGAGCUGAUAAGCUUAGAAAUUUCAAAGCUGAUCUUCUGAUCAUCAAAAAGGAAAAGGAAGAGGAAGAGAGGAAACGCAUCGAAGGUCUGAAAAUAGCAAGACAGAAGAGGAUUGCUGCUAAAAGCAACUCAACUGUAGUAGGCCAGUCACAGUUAUCUGCUCAACAAACAAGAAAAAAUUUGCCAAACAGAUAUUCUCCUGGCGCUCCUAGAGCCUCUAAGUUUAGUGACACAGAACCAGGAUCAUUAUCAUCACCUCUUCAACGCCGUCUUCCCAUAAGAAGUGCUUCUUUAGGCUCCGGUGAAUCUGAGAAAGUUCCCAAGAAUAGUAAACUGAGUUCUGGAAGUAAGUCAACAGGUAACAGGCUAACAAGAUCGAUAUCACCUCUACCUCCAUCUAAGAGAGAAGGCACAGCUACAGGUAAUAGGCUAACAAGGUCGAUAUCACCAUUACCUCUUUCUAAGAGAGACACCAGAAUCAGUCUUGAUAGUCAGGACGAGUCAGUUUCAAGGACAAGACCCAAAAUGGGUAGUGCACCAAGUUCUGCAGUGAGGUCACUGCACAUGGCAGGAAGUUGGCUAACAAGGUCGAUAUCACCAUUACCUCUCUCUAAGAGAGAAACCAGAGUUAGUCUUAAUAGUCAGAACAAGUCAGUUUCAAGGACAAGACGAUUAUCGGAACCUAAAACGGUUAAUAAUAGUGCACCAAGUUCUGCAGUGAGGUCACUGCGCACAAUAGCAUCCAAAAAAGCAUCUGAUGCUCCGGAGAUAAAGAAAAUAUCUGCCAUUGUUAACUAUGAUAUAGCGAAAAUCGCCUCUCUUCCUGAGCUGAAGAUUAAACAACCAAAAGGGGCCGAGAAAACUAAAUCUUCAGCUUCUGAGAUUGAACCAAGUGGUAACAAGAACAAACCCUUGUGCCAAAAUGCUGUUGAUGAAACUCCAGUGAUUGAAAAGACAGUGGUGAUGGUGUUACCAAGUUCAGCUCGAAGCAUAAGUGCAGAUCAGACGAAACAAGAGAAGCCCAAGGUAGUCCCUGGAAACUCCAUCAUCCGUGACUGUAGUCCUUCGGAAGGAGCUGAUAAGAAAGCCACUGUAACAAUGCAGGAGAGUAGCAAUGAUCUGGUCUUAGUUAGACCGGAAACUCUGAGUGACUUAAUAACAGAAACACCAAAGUUUCUGACAAUUCAAAGUGUUGUUGAGAAACCAUAUGAAGCUCCACAUGCUCGAGUUUCUUCUUUGGAAGUUCCAUGUACAGUGCACUCAGAGUGUUCCCAAGCACCUGGUCCAAGCUGUCAUUCAAAUGAAACAGCGCAAGAAACUGUCAAAGCUCUUGCAGCGGAGAAGAAGAUAAGUGAGGCCUUGGAGAAAUCUCAAACAAAGGAGUUAGCAACAAAAAGGCUCAGAAAACUGUUCAAAUUUGGAAAAAAGAGUCGGUCUUCGUCUACAGGUAAAUACCAUACCAAGUUUAAUAGUGCUGCUGCUGUCAGUAGCAACAAGGAUCAUGAAUCAGCUGUAACUGCUGCUACGACAAGUGAAGCUUUUACACUGAAGAAUCUCAUAUCUCAAGAUGAAACACCUACAGCAGCAACUGCUUCACAGAAAUCUUCUCGCCAUUUUUCAUUGCUCUCUCCCUUCAAGAACAGGAAGAAAGUAUCAUGAGGACAGAGAUCAAUAUCUACAUUUACAGUCUUCAAAUCUUGUAGUGACUGAGUAUUUAUAAAGUAUCCAUCGAGCCUCUUCCGAGUAUUUAUGAACACUUAAUUCCAAAAGCGAUGAGAUGGAUGCAAUUGUCAACUGAUAAAUAUUAUUAGUGUAGUUCUAUUUUAUUUUAUUUCU